CAGGCCACGCCUUUCCAGCGCACCGGGCCUCUGCCGUUGCUAAGCGGCCUUGGAUACCUGGCGGCAGGAUGCUGGGCGGCGGCGUCAGGUGAAGAUGGUGGUCACUGCGCCUCAGGUAACCAUGGAGAAAGAACUCCGGAGCACCAUACUAUUUAAUGCAUACAAAAAGGAGCUAUUUACCACCAACAAUGGCUAUAAAUCCAUGCAAAAGAAACUCCGGAGUAACUGGAAGAUUCAGAGCUUAAAAGAUGAAAUCACAUCUGAGAAGCUAAUUGGGGCAAAACUGUGGAUUACAGCUGGGCCAAGGGAAAAAUUUACUGCAGCUGAGUUUGAAGUCCUGAAGAAGUACCUUGACAGUGGUGGCGAUAUCCUUGUGAUGCUAGGAGAAGGUGGAGAAUCCAGAUUUGAUACCAAUAUCAACUUUUUGCUAGAAGAAUAUGGAAUCAUGGUUAAUAAUGAUGCUGUUGUUAGAAAUGUAUAUUACAAAUACUUCCAUCCUAAAGAAGCUCUAGUUUCCAAUGGAGUCUUGAACAGGGAAAUUAGUCGAGCUGCAGGAAAAGCUGUGCCUGGAAUCAUUGAUGAAGAAAGCAGUGGCAACAAUGCCCAGGCUCUCACCUUUGUCUAUCCUUUUGGUGCCACAUUGAGUGUCAUGAAACCAGCAGUGGCUGUUCUGUCUACAGGCUCUGUCUGCUUUCCACUUAACAGACCCAUCCUGGCUUUCUAUCACUCAAAGAGUCAAGGCGGGAAGCUGGCGGUGCUUGGCUCAUGUCACAUGUUCAGUGACCAAUAUUUGGAUAAAGAAGAAAACAGCAAAAUCAUGGUAAGCUUUUGUUCUCAUCACAUUAAUGUGCUGAACCAUAAGAGAUGGCCUUACUCCUGUAUUUACAGGAACUCUUGUGAUUUUCAGAUUUCUGACUACAUGAUGCUGCCCGACACAGCCACCCUAUCAGAGCGACUUCGAGUGUGUCUACAGGAGGGUGAUGAGAACCCUCGGGACUUUACUACCCUCUUCGACCUGUCCAUUUACCAACUGGAUACCACCUCCCUCCCUAAGGUCAUCAAGGCACACGAGCAGCUAAAUGUGAAACAUGAACCACUCCAGCUUAUCCAACCUCAGUUUGAGACACCGCUGCCAGCCCUUCAGCCUGCGGUUUUUCCUCCUAGUUUCAGGGAAUUACCACCUCCUCCUCUGGAGCUGUUUGACUUAGAUGAGACAUUCUCUUCUGAGAAGACUCGGCUUGCUCAGAUUACCAAUAAGUGUACUGAAGAAGAUCUGGAAUUCUAUGUCAGGAAGUGUGGUGACAUUCUUGGAGUGACUAAUAAACUACCAAAGGACCAACAAGAUGCCAAACAUAUCCUUGAGCACAUCUUCUUCCAAGUGGUGGAGUUCAAGAAACUGAACCAGGAGCAUGACAUUGAUACAAGUGAAACAGCGUUCCAGAACAAUUUCUGAGGACUGUGCCUCUGGAAGCAUUUUUUGCCUUCUGACUCUUCCCUGUUUGUAAUCUGUUUUUCAAUUGUUCCUCAACUCCUUAUCAAAAUUCUCUAUAUGCUCUUUCCUCGAGAGCUGUGGAAGGUCUGUGCAUUUUGGGUAGUACCUCGAAAGGUAUAAGAUUUCUAAUUUACAAAAUCCUUAUGUAAGAUAUACUCCAUUUUUAAUUAAAUCUGUGUUGAAUCUGUACUUUUAUA